CCUGGACGCAUGGCUCUGCGACGACGGAGCCAGCUGCCGCGGUGACGCCGCCGCCGGCCACGUGCGCGCGCUCUUCGACGCGUACCGGGGCUCGCUCUGCGCCGCCGUGAGCGGGUGCGUUCACAUCCACGUGCAUGCCAUGCCGCGAAUGACCGCCAAGGUCAGUCUGAUUCAGCCAUGGCGUGACUCUGUGUGCAGGUGCGUGCCGGGGUGGGCGUACAAGGACGGCCGCGCGUUCAUGGAGCUGCCGGCGCGCGACCUGGCGGCGUCGGCGUCGCUGCCGGCGCAGCAGCAGUUCUACCAGGAAGCUGGCAUUAAGUUGGCGGCGUUCAUGGGAUGCGAGAGCGGCGAGAUCGAGGUCGGCAUGUCCACGGCGGCAAGCGGGUCGCCCAUGAGCUUGGAGUCGAGCUUGCAGCAGGUGUUCUCGGAGGACUUCUUCCAGCAGUCGCUGCUCGAGGAGCUGCUCCAGCUGCCGCCGACGGGGCCGUCGUCGUCGUCGUCCUCGCUGCCGUCCGUCUCCGUGGGCAGCCCGGCGGCGGAGGGCUCCACGUCGCUGCUCCGCACGAUAGCCGUGACUCCGGCCGCCACGCCGUCCUCCGCCGGGUCAGAGAGGCAGGUGCCGGUGCCGGUGCCGCCGCAUCCGCUCCACCCGCGCCCGCCGCUUGCGGCCCCGUUCAGCCGGCACGGCCGCGUCCACUUCCCGAGCCCCGACGCCGACGACGCCGCGAUGGCGGAGGCCAUGCUCGCCGUCAUCUCCGCCUCGUCGUCCUCGGCGCUGCCGACGACGCCGUCCACGUCGACGGCGGCUCCUCCUCCGGGCAACCACCACCAUCACCACCACAACGCGCGCCGGUGGCCGCGGCGGCGGGGCACGACGACGGCGACGGCGUUCCGGGCGUACAACGCGGCGCUGGCGCCCCGGGCGCCGUGGCGGCCGCCGGGCGCGCCCGGGCAGCGGAUGAUCAAGAUGGGCAUCUCUAUCCUGAGGAGGAUGCACAUGCUUCGGUUCAGCAGGGAGCGCAGCGGCGGCACCACCGCGAUGGCGCAGCGGGCGCAGGAAGACGAGGAGGACCCGCCGCAGGCGCCGACGAGCAGCCAGCUGAACCAUAUGAUAUCGGAGCGGCGGCGCCGGGAGAGGCUCAACGAGAGCUUCGAGGCGCUCAGGGGUUUGCUGCCUCCGGGAUCAAAGAAUGACAAGGCCACUGUCCUGGCCAAGACGCUGGACUACAUGAACAUUCUGGUAGCCCAGAUCGCCGACCUCGAGGCGAGGAACCGGAGCCUGGAGAGCCGAGCUCACCAGCACUCCAAUGGCGGCGGCGGCUGGAAGGAGCGACCCUACUCGUCGUCGGAGCGGCAAGAAGUAGUUGUGCUCCAGGGGCAGACCGGCGCGUCGGAGAGGGUGCAAGUCCACGUGACCACCGCCGCCGCCGGUGGCGCCGCCGCGACACCGUCGUCCUCGUCCUCAGCGGCGGCGGGCCGCCGGGAGGUGAUCGUGCGGGUGGAGGCGCGGGCGGCGCACGGCGACGUCGCCGAGCUGGUGGCGCGCGCGCUGGCCGUGAUCAAGGAUAUGGGGUGCUUCACGGUGGCGGCCGUCGACGGCCGGCGACCCGGCGACGGCGUGGCUCACGCCACCUUUACACUGCGAGCAACGGCGGGCGAGUUCGACGAGGCGUCGCUGAGGGGGGCCGUCAUCAAGGCUGCCGAGGAUUCGGCCGCGCCGCCGCCGUCGUCGGACGACUAGCUCUCGCCGACCACCACGCCGCCGCAGAUCUGACCGUAGUAGGACUGGACGCCGCGCUCUCGCCUGCUGCUUUGACCGGAGACCCACGGAGACCCAGAAGAGAUCAGCAUGUUGCUAGCUAGCCCGGCUCCAAAUCUCUCAAGUCCGUGAUGCUCCAAACCUCCAAGACGAUGGACUUCUCCGUCCUUCAUCUUGUGUCAACCGUGUCAAUCGAGAUAUUUCUUCCCUUUUUUUUUGGUCCUCCCGGCAAACAAAACUGGUGGUCCGUGAAUAUCCAGAGUUCGAUUUUUUGUCACGAAAAAAAA